CCGCGGACCCCGGCCCGCCGCCGGGCCCGGGGCAGGCCCGCCCCCGACGCCGAGGCGGCCGCGCCGAGCCUGCGAGAGCCAGAGCGAGAGCGCGGGCCGCCGGCACGGACCCUCCCGCGCCUCUGCCCAGGCCGCCGCAGCCGCCCGUUUCCCUGCUUCUCACACCGGGAACCACUUUUCCUCAGUUUGCCAGUCUGCGACCAGGACAGAAAGGUGAAGGCCGGAAGAGGAGAGCUGCCUUUGCCACUCCCUGGAAGGGAGGGAGGAAUCGUGGAGUCUUGGACUUGAUGGAAACCGUGGAGGCACUCUGGUCCGGCUUCCUCCCCAGCCAGUGAGGGAAGCCCUUGUGCAGCUCCCUGAGACCUCACCCACCCAUCCUUGCUCAGAACCGCCAGGGAUGCGCUGCCCCCUGAGAGCCUCUCCUGCUGUUCCUUAGGAGGACAGGUCGCUGCCACUGCCACUACUUCUGUCAACCUCAUUUUUACUUUAUGGAUCUUUCCCUGAUGUGAAGCUCCCUCCCUGGACACCACUGUAGUCAGGUCAGCGUCCUGUAGCUUGGAGACCUUGGUUCAUUCCAGCACAGGCCCCUGCCUGAAGAGAGCCCCGGCCCGGCCCUACCUGCUUCCUGGGGCAAGGCUGCCAAGUCUUCCCCCGUCGCGACAGUUCACUUAACUCAUGGUGUGAGUGGCACGUGGCUGGCUUAGGUGUUUGGAGAGUGAACGCCAGGUCCCCCCCCUUGUCCCUUCAGCCCCUCGGACCUUGAGGAUACACCUGGCUCCACAAUGGCAGCAGAGACCCUCAAUUUUGGGCCUGAGUGGCUGAGGGCCCUUUCCAGCGGUGGCAGUGUGGCCUCUCCACCCCCGUCCCCUGCCAUGCCCAAAUACAAGCUGGCUGACUAUCGCUACGGGCGAGAAGAGAUGCUGGCUCUCUACGUCAAGGAGAACAAGGUACCCGAUGAGCUGCAGGACAAGGAGUUUGCUGCGGUGCUGCAGGAGGAGCCACUGCAGCCCCUGGCGCUGGAGCCUUUGACUGAGGAGGAGCAGAGAAACUUCUCCCUGUCAGUGAACAGUGUGGCUGUGCUGAGGCUGAUGGGGAAGGGGGCCGGCCCCCCCCUAGGUGGCGCCUCCCGCGGCAGGGGCAGCACUCGGAGCCGAGGCCGAGGCCGUGGUGACAGUUGCUUUUACCAAAGAAGCAUCGAAGAAGGCGAAGGGGCCUUUGGUCGAAACCCCCGGGAGAUCCAGCGUAGCCAGAGUUGGGAUGACAGAGGCGAGAGAAGGUUUGAGAAGUCGGCCAGGAGGGAUGGAGCGCGAUCCGGGUUUGAGGAGGGAGGGGCUGGCCCGAGGAAGGAACAUGCCCGCUCAGAUAGCGAGAACUGGCGUUCUCUCCGAGAGGAGCAAGAGGAAGAGGAGGAAGGCAGUUGGAGACUUGGGGCAGGACCCCGGCGAGAUGGCGACCGCUGGCGCUCAGCCAGCCCCGGUGAGAUAGCGGUCCCCGCUCUGCUGGCUGGCGGGAACAUGGGGACCGGCGUCGCAAGUUUGAAUUUGAUAUUCGAGGGGAUCGAGGAGGGUGUGGUGAAGAGGAAGGGCGGGGUGGGGGAGGCAGCGCUCACCUGCGGAGGUGCCGAGGGCCUGACGGCUUUGAGGAGGACAAGGAUGGGCUCCCCGAAUGGUGCCUGGAUGACGAGGAUGAGGAGAUGGGCACCUUUGAUGCCUCUGGGGCCUUUCUGCCUCUCAAGGUUCCGUAACCCCGUGCAGAAGGGCCCCAAGGAGCCUAUUCCUGAGGAGCAGGAGCUCGACUUCCAGGGCCUGGAGGAAGAGGAGGAAGAACCUUCUGAAGCGCUAGAUGAGGCGGGCCCUGAGGCGGGAGGGAAGGAGCUGACCCCGCUGCCUCCCCAGGAGGAAAACUCCAGCUCCCCACCCCCACUGCCCACCUUGGGCCCGCUCUGGGGAACUAACGGGGAAGGCGACGAUGCUACAGAGAAAGACCUGCCGGCGACUGAAGACGAUAUGAGGGGGAUGCAGCUGAGUCCCGGGGUGGGCUCACCCCCUGGUCCACCCGGAGAUCUGGAGGAUGAUGAAGGCCUGAAGCACCUGCAGCAGGAGGCAGAGAAGCUGGUGGCCUCCCUGCAGGACAGCUCCCUGGAGGAAGAGCAGUUUACGGCUGCCAUGCAGGCCCAGGGUCUGCGCCACUCAGCAGCUGCCACUGCCCUCCCUCUCAGCCACGGUGCGGCCCGGAAGUGGUUCUACAAGGACCCACAGGGGGAGAUCCAAGGCCCCUUUACAACACAGGAGAUGGCGGAGUGGUUCCAGGCGGGCUAUUUUUCCAUGGCACUGCUUGUGAAGCGGGGCUGUGAUGAGGGCUUCCAGCCACUGGGUGAGGUGAUCAAGAUGUGGGGUCGCGUGCCCUUUGCCCCGGGACCCUCACCACCCCCACUGCUGGUGAGCACGUCCACCUGGAGAGGAGCAGGGCGGGGAAGCGGGAGCCAGACGGAUGGCGGCGGGUGGUGCGGAGCGAGACCAGGUCAGAGGCACAGAAGCGCUCUGGCCCCCACUCAGGGCAACAUGGACCAGGAGCGGCUGAAGAAGCAGCAGGAGCUGGCGGCCGCGGCCUUGUACCAGCAGCUGCAGCACCAGCAGUUUCUACAGCUGGUCGGCAGGUACGGGGGCCUUGAAGGCCUUGUGGGUCAGGCCGGGCGCCGGCUGUGUGGCCUCUCCCCGCUCGACACCAGUCUCCGUGUCUGCAGCCGGCAGCUCCCGCAGUGUGCGCUCCGGGAAAAGGCCGCUCUGGGGGACCUGACGCCGCCCCAGCAGCAGCUCACUGCGUUCCUACAGCAGCUCCAAGCUCUCAAACCGCCCAGAGGCGGGGACCAGAACCUGCUCCCGACCAUGAACCGGUCCUUGUCGGUGCCGGAUUCGGGCCCCCUCUGGGACAUACAUACCUCAGCCUCAUCACAGUCAGGCGGUGAGGCCAGUCUUUGGGACAUACCAAUUAACUCUUCGACUCAGGGUCCAAUUCUAGAACAACUCCAGCUGCAACACAAAUUCCAAGAGCGCAGAGAAGUGGAGCUCAGGGCAAAGCGGGAGGAGGAGGAGCGCAAGCGGCGGGAGGAGAAGCGCCGGCAGCAGCAGCAGCAGGAGGAGCAGAAGCGGCGGCAGGAAGAAGAGGAGCUGUUUCGGCGCAAGCAGGUGUGGCAGCAGGAGCUCCUGUUGAAGCUGCUGCAGCAGCAGCAGGCAGCGGCCGCCGUCCCGGCGUCCCCCGCACCCAGCUCCCCGCCACCGUUGUGGGCCGGCCUGGCCAAGCAGGGGCUGUCCAUGAAGACGCUGCUGGAGCUGCAGCUGGAGGGCGAGCGGCAGCUGCAUAAGCAGCCCCCACCUCGGGAGCCGUCGCGGGCCCAGGCCCCCAACCACCGUGUGCAGCUCGGGGGCCUGGGUGCUGCUCCUCUGAACCAGUGGGUGUCUGAGGCUGGGCCACUGUGGGGCGGGCCCGACAAGAGUGGGGGCAGCAGCGGUGGCCUGGGGCUCUGGGAGGACACCCUCAAGAGCAGCGGGAGCCUGGCCCGCAGCCUGGGCCUGAAGAACAGCCGGAGCAGCCCCUCUCUCAGUGACUCGUACAGCCACCUGUCAGGCCGGCCUGUGCGCAAAAAGACAGAGGAGGAAGAGAAGCUGCUGAAGCUGCUCCAGGGCAUCCCCAGGCCCCAGGACGGCUUCACCCAGUGGUGUGAGCAGAUGCUGCACACAUUGAGCACCACAGGCAGCCUGGACGUGCCCAUGGCUGUAGCGAUCCUCAAGGAGGUAGAAUCCCCCUACGAUGUCCACGAUUAUAUCCGGUCCUGCUUGGGGGACACGCUGGAAGCCAAAGAAUUUGCCAAACAGUUCCUGGAGCGGAGGGCCAAACAGAAAGCCAGCCAGCAGCGGCAGCAGGAGGCUUGGCUGAGCGGCGGCUCCCUGCAGACAGCCUUUCAGACCAACCACAGCACCAAACUUGGCCCUGGGGAGGGCAGCAAGGCCAAGAGGCGGGCUCUGAUGCUGCACUCGGAUCCCAGCAUCUUGGGGUACUCCCUGCACGGACCUUCUGGUGAGAUCGAGAGCGUGGAUGACUACUGACCAGCCCGUCCCACCAGCCCCUGGGCUGUAGGCCAGGGGCAGCAGCAGCGGCUUGGACCCUUGGGUCCCCAGCCUGCAGGCUCCCCACGGGAGCAUAGGAGGAAGCAGGGGCAGGGUCCCCAGCACUUGUUACAAACCACACGAUGCACCUUAACUCACCCACCACGAGGCACUUUACAGAUUGGGGGGGAAGGGUUUUUGGUUUUUUUGUUUUUUGGGUUUUUUUUUUGUUUUGUUUUUUCUUUUUUUAAAAAGCAUUUUAAACCGCAUUGAAGAAAACUGUUAGGAGAGACAAAAAAAAUUGUUAAAAACUAGACUCUAAGCACCCCUUCCCCCUGUAGGGACAGUGAGGGUGACAAUGGAAGGUCCACAGAGGUCUUUUGGGGUUUUUUUUUGUGUAUGUGUGUGUGUGUGUGUGUGUGUGUGUGUGUGUGUGUGUUUUGUUUUUUGUUUUUGUUUUUGUUUUUUAAGAAAAAAGAAAAUGGAAAAAAAAAAAGGUUAGGAGAUUUAAGGAAAAAAACACACUGUUAUUUUGGGGCAGUGGGGACACAAGGCCCCAUGGACCUGUCCUGCCUGGCCCCCAAGGCUGCACUUACCCUCCCUGCCCCGCAGAGUGGGCCAUUGGGGUAACUGGAAGCUGGGGUGCCAGCAGUUUGCACAGCGAGGCCCCCUCAGCCCCGCCGGCCGGACCCGCUGUGAACGGCUCCCUUUGUUGCUGUGACCGUGGCAGAGGUGUCCGUGGUGGGGGCCAAAGUAGCCCCUUGGCUUUGCUGCUUUAGGGGAAAGUUGCACAAAUGGGCCGGGCCGCCUCAGCUCUCUAGGCUGCCAUCCUGUGCUGGCUGACGGUGGGGAGGGGGAGAGGGCCAGCCGGUGCCAAUCUCUUCUGGCCGUCAGGGUGACGGAACUUCCACUCUGGCCCUGGUGAGGGGCUUCCCCCACUGCUGCCAUUUGGGGGGACGGCCUGGGUGUGAAGCUGAAAGCCUCAGCUCCCUGCCUUGCCACAUGAAUGUAUUCUUUGGGCCACAAGCCCCUGCUGCGCCUUCUGCCUCAACCCCGUGCGAGGUGGGAGUAGAGCAGUUCCUCCGGGAGCUGGAGAGAGAGGCACCACUUACUGACUGUUUUCUCCUGUGAAAGGGGCAAGAGGAGGGCCUAGGAGGCCAAGGGAGUGGGCAGCAUGGGGCUUCGGGUUGCAGUGUGGGGGCUGUCAGAAUGGAGCUCCCCCCGCCUGCAGCCAGCUGUGUGGGAAGUGGACCACCCAGCCCUGCUCUGAACCCCCCCCCCCCCCCCAUUGACCAAAUGGGAGAGGAGCCGGUGGCCUCUCCCCCUCCCUGCUCCCCUGAUGCGUUUUUAAUGUUGGGUAAGGUGUGGGGGUCAAGAAUAGAAGUGUUGUCUCUCCUGGGUCAGGGGAAGGCCACCCUUCUGUUGCUCACCAACUUCUCAUUCCCAAUCACCUGCCUGGGUUUGUCUCCAUUUGUGUGUGUUUUUUUCUUUUCUUUUCUUUUCUUUUUAACAGUUUGUUGUAUCUUUUGGGUUUCUCAUCUAACUUCUCCCAUUGACCUCAUUGCUCAGAGUGCAGUAUUAGGGCAGGAAUCUGCCACUGCCUCCCCUCCAUGAAUGUAUUUGUCCUUCCUGCCCUGGGGAAAUGGGGAGUGGCCCAUUUUCUUUCCCCAUCCAUUCUUAGACCACAUUUUUUUUGUUCUUUUUUUGUUUUGUUUUGUUUUGCACCAAAGUGGCAACUGGGUCAGUGUUGGGGGAUAAAGCUGGCCUCGGGGGUGGAGGGGCACCCUCCACCUGCUUCUCCCUGGUUUCAACAGUGUUAGCGUCCGUGAAAAGACAAUAUUCUCUCUAAAGCAAUAAGGGGGUGAUGGGCCAGGGGGAAAUGUCUUGCUGCUGCUGGCCCCCCAGCUCCCCCCUUCCUCACGCCAGUAUUUGGCGGCAUUAGAGGUGUCGGGGGAGUACUGUUGUGACUGAAUGUAACCGCCCCCACCCCUGCCGCAGCCAAUGCAGGGGAGGGGGGUGACACUCUUCCCUGUUUCUUCCUUCCCCUUCCCCCCAGCUAAAGAGACUUUGAACUUAGGGGGCCCUUGAGCCUGGAGAGGCCUUAACCCUGUGAGGAAGUGUAGGGGGGGCCCUCUCCCACCCCCAUCCCCUUCUGAGAGUGGUCAAUGUUUACAAGCCCCUGAGCCCCCCAGCCCAGGGACUCCACCCCCAUUGCUGUCCUUUCCCACCCGUCUUCCUGGGCCCCAGCUGCUCUCCCACCCUCCUGGGUUGGGGUGGGUGCAGGGGCUGUUCUGUAUCCCCUUGUCUGCCUUGGACCCACAAUCUCCCCCACCCUCACCCUGUGUGACUCCCCUCUCUUCUACCUGCCCCUGUAAAUAUUCCCCUCCCCCAAUAAAACUUGGUGUGUGUUCUC